AGGACUUGCCGCGGGCGAGCUCGACAGCAAGCAUGGUGCGAAGGCUUAGCUCCUUCCUUCCAUGCCUGGCUGUGGCCUCUAUUUUUCUUUUCAGCGUCGGCCACGCAUAUUUUCUCAGCAAUAUCCCUGCCCGCCUUGUACAUGCCCAACAAGCUCUUCAUUUGUAUCCAAGGCAUAAUUUGAAGCUGGCACCGCCGUCUCUUUUCGCGACUCAGAAAGGCUUCGGCGUGCUUCCUGCACUCGAAGCGGCAUCUUUAAAUGCUGACAGCGACCCGGCUGCAACUUUAAAGAGCGAUGGUCUGAAAAUCGAACUUCGUCAGUACUCGAAAUUUUUGCAUUCGACCGCCUGGUUCUCGUGGUGGGCGCAAGUGAUCUGUAACACCGUAGCGGGAGUGAUCCUGUUCUUUACGAACUCCUUCGUCGCCCCCUCCGGAGGGGGGCCCUCCCUGGCGGCAAAAAGCAUCUUUAGCAACGGCUACAUCUUCGCGGCCGGCGGGCUCUGUCUGGGUGCGAUCUCCAUUUUCUGGACCUGGGGAUUCACGGGGGUGGCCAAGCGCAUUCGACGGGCUGUGCUGGAGCCGCCCACCUCCCUGGCUAUGGUCCGACGCGUGGUGCGCACGGCUAUUGUCAUCAACCUGCUCGGCCUCCUCACCGCCUUGAUCGGCGCCGAGCAAUUCGUGGGAAACCUGAUGGCGCGAGUGCUGUCUCAGCAGGGGUUUUCUCCCCUAGUCAUCAACCAAUCGGCGAUGGGCGGGGCUAUCGCCUCCCCGACAGUGCAGCCGGUAGACAUCUUCGUCAUUCAGGCGAACACGAACAUCUUGCUCUCGCACUUCAUCUCCCUGGUCUCAUCCUUGCUGCUCUUACUACGAUACAGCAAGAUAUCAAGGGCGGCCCGCGGAUCGGGUUGAGAGGGGACAGGGCGGGACGUCAAGGAGGACAGAGCACGCAUCGGCUCCUCAACGUAUGACACAUGGGACCACGGGAGGGAUAGGAGGGAGGAGCGGGACCUGGUCGUAAGGAUCGAACCGUGGUUGUGUAACCACUCUCAUUGGGGCGAAGGUUGGCUCAAAAGGGAAGCCUGUACCUGUAUUGGGAAGCUGAGGGAGCAGGAGAGGCCUGGAGGGAGGGGGGCUGUGGGAAUGUGCAGAGUUGUGAAUUUAGAGGGGCAGUGACUUGGGGGGCACAUGAACCGAAGAAGAGACAGAAAGGAUGGAACUACCCGAG